AUGAGAGUUAAUAUUUUAAAAUACGUUCUUUUUUCAAUUGUUAUUUGUUCUUUUGAAUAUUCCAAAAAUGAACUAUACUCUGUAAACGACAGAGGGAUAUACCUUGAAAGGGAUGUAAUAAACUUUAGAAAUAAUAGGAUAUUAGCAGAUGUAGAUAACCGAUUUGAUUUAAAUGAAUUUUACCAAUCAACUUUGAGUCUUGCAAGCCAACUUGGUGAUUGUAUUGAAGGUAACAAAGAAAUAGCACACCUUCAAAAUAUUAUAGACACACAUAUAAAGAAGAAUAAAGGAAGUAACACAUCACUUGAUUUAAAAACUGUAGAUAGUAAGACAAAAAAAUUAAUUAAUGAGUUACGAACAGAAUUAGAAGAAGUAAAAAAACGGGUUGCUAAUAAAAGGAAUGAUGAAUUAGCAAUACAAUCGAUACAUGAAAAAAAAAUAGAAAAAAAAGAUGAAAAUAGUUCUAUGUCAGAACAUGAAGACUUUAAACAAUUGGAAAAUAAUGAAAAUAAUGGAAUUGCAUCAAGUAAUAGUCAUAUUAAAUCAGAAUUGAUUAAAAAGUAUAGAAAAAUCGCAAUCAGAUUCCUCCUGUCAUGUUUAACAUUUAUAGUAGUUGGUUUUACGUCAAUGUUCACGACGAUGUACUUAAUGAUACUACUUGUACCGUGUUUGGUUUCCAUAUAUUUUUUCCUUUGGAAACUUAAUAGAUGUUCCACUAAAUUAGAAAAAAUAUUAAAAUAA